GAAUGUGUUGGUUUGAUCUUGCGGCACAAAGGAGGGAGUGAGAGAAGGAGCUAUCGAGGACCUUGCUGUGAACUGCUCUAUUCAUCCCUCGAAAAGUCAAACGCGACUGAGUAGUUUGUCCUUCCAGAGAGCUACCUCUCGGACGCUGAUUUGAGCUGAGCUGUUGAGAAACUUUUUGGGAACUCUCAUCGUUCUACCGAGUGCACAAGGUAACCAAACCUCACAUGGAUCAACAGUGACCGUAAAGACGAAACUGAAAAAACCCUUCUUCCUGAAGGUAGGACUGGAAACAUAUAGACCUCCAACCAUCAUACAAAAUCACCAUACAAAUGUGUUCCCCUCCAUCAAACAGUCAUAGAGACCUCACAGUAGAUUAGUUUCAGAUAUAAAAAUGACGGACACAACAAAUCGCCAUCUGAGACACAAGUUGCAGAGCUUAGGUCGACGUUUGGAUGAGCUUGAAGAGGCAAAGAGCAAACUGCAGAAAGCUGAGGAUGAACUUCUUGACAUUCAGGACAAAAUCAUCCAGGCCGAGGGGAGCAAUUCCGCAAUCCUUGAUGAUGUGGAAGCUAUGCGGAAGAGAUUGCUCAGAAUUGAAGGCAAAGAUGAGGAGGUAAGAAAAGCAGAGGAUCUUUGUCGGGAGGUUAGGGAGAAACUAGAUCAGGAGGAGAAACUUACAAAGGAGCUUAAAGUGGAAAUAGAGCAUCUUCAGCGGAGAAUGACUGAUCUUGAGAAGCUCGAAGAGGCUUUUGGUAAAAGCAAGUCAGACUGUACCCAAUUGUGCCUUGGUCUUAAUGAGGAGAAAAACUUGACCAAAAAGCUCUCCUCAGAGCUUGAAGCCUUGAAGGCUCAUAUAAAGGAGGUGAAUUACUCUGAAGCUCGACUGGACAGAGCAGAAAAAUCUCUUAAUGCAGAUAUGGAGAAACUAAAGAGUCUCACUCAGACGUUUGUGAAUGAACGCAAAAGGCUUCUGGAAAGGCAGCAAGAGGAUGAGAAAGUCAUACUCAAACUGACCGAGAAACUUGAGCAUCAGAAAAACAAACUAGGUACAACAGACCACAGCCAAUUUGAUUCUAGAGACAUUCGAAUUGAGGAUGAGUUUUCAGCAGGCCUUAACUGCAAACUGGCCAGGAAGAAGAGUUUUGACUACUUCAAGCAUUCACAUGACUUGGAUUUGAGAAAUGAGUCAGAGAAUGAAAAAAAUAGCUUAGAGGGGCAGGAAGAUAAUAAGGUUAAAGACCUCAGUCAGGAAGUGGAAAGACUGAAGAAUCGUUUGAAGCAGAUGGAGUUGGUGGAGGAGGACUUGAAAAACAUGGAAUCCAAGAAUGCUGACCUGAUAGAUAAGUACCAGCAAGAGAGGAGCCGUAGUCAAGCUCUCCAUGAUCAAGUUGAACAGAUGAAAAUGCAGCUAAAUGGUUGCAGUGAUACUUGUGGAAACUCUGCAAUUACCAGUGCCACAAAUGUCCUGGAGAAUGGCAAGGCAGAAAAUGAGGAGAUCAAUGAACGAGGAGGCUUCAGACAGGAAAAACCUAAAUUGCUAAAUAGGAGUCCUGCUGCUGCUGAAUCAACCUCUAAAUACAAAAGCAGAGACGUGUCUCCUCAGCAGAGGCGAGAAAAUAAGCUGAGGAACAAAGAGCUCUGUCAUUCCACAGAGAGUUCCCCAAAGACUGUAAGAAGGGCUCUUAGUCCAGCACAUAGUGUCAAGAAAGGUUUGAAGUCUGUUGCUUCCAGUUCUGACAAUGGGACAAAAUAUGGAAAGAAAGAUGAAAAACUUGGAAGUGCUACACAGACCUCAUCAAGCACACUCAGUGAUAGCAAAAAAGCUUCAGUCCUUAGUCGCUAUCCUCCGGCUGCUAAUGACCAAAAGACUUUGAAGACUUCAGUAAAGCAGAAUGACAGUGAAAGCAAGACGAGUCGAACAGAGAAGUUCUCCAGGUACCCUGGAAGCGAAUGUGAAUCCAACAGCUCUGAUGGCGUACCUUUACUUUCAGCCAGGGCUGCUAGCACUGCUUUGCCCAUGCAAGGAUUAGCUGAACCCGAGAGUUUAGAUAAUUCGCAGAAUGCUUCUACAUUGCUGAGUCUGUCAAAGGCAAACGGAUCAUUUACUGCCUAUAGGUCCCAUGUAUCUCCAUCUAUUGAUCAUGGUUCUGAUGGUCACUCCUCAGCCUCAGAAACAGAAUCUACUGGCUCUAGGAGAUCAACAGGUGAUCAAAAUGACCCUGCUUCUUUAAUGUCAAAUACAUGUGCAAGAACAUCAUUAAAAUACCCUAGAUACACACUCCUGCAAGACUCUGAUAGCUCCUCAAAGGGCUCGUUCAGUGAGGAGCAACACAGACCUCUUAUGGCAGAAGGGGAUACCCAGGAGCCUACACAUAACACCUCAGGUAUUGAGGUCCGGAGGGUAUGCAGCCCUCGUGAAGCCCUCCAGUCAAAAGCUGUCAUCAAGCAAGCCAUUGUUGAGAUUGACAGGAAAGAAAUUAUGUCAGGGGGAAUUACAGAACCUUCGACCAACAGUGGAAAGCCUAAGAUCUCCACUAAGCCAAUAGUGACCAGCAAGAUGACCAGCAGUAUCACUUUCUACCCCAAUGACCCCAGUUCAUCUCGAACAAGCAGUCGGAGCAGCAGUCUAUCAAGUGAGCCCCCUUCCAAGGAAAGGCACACUUCCACCAGUAAUAUUGUUAUUGGCCCAAGCAGUGAGCAUAGGGGCAGCAUCUCUAUACCUUAUGAAAUAUCCAUCCCUAAGAGUGAGAUCACUCUGCAUCAAAGUGAGAAUGAUUCUGACUUCUCUGAAGCUUGCAGUUUCCUCGAAGCUGCUCCUGUGGAGGCAACCCUCCUGACUCAAAGCAGCUUCAGCCUCCAGUCUUCAGAAACUUCAGACUUCAACAAUGACAUUGAGUCUGGGUUUGAGAGCAGCACUAGCAACACCACUUUGACUAGCUGGAGAGGCCAAAAUCACAACCACAACUUGUAUGAUGACGGUUUGUCAGAAAUGAGAAAUGUCACCGUAAGAAGCACUUGGAGGAGCCGUGGGGCAACUUCUGUGGAUGAAUGUGGUCGACCAUUAAGGCAAGAUGGCUCAGAGGAUGAGGGUGUGUCUGCCACAACCUGGAGAGCAUAUAGGGCAACUACGGUGUUGGACACUCCAUCAAACUCAAGCACUGCUAAUUGUAGAAGUAAACCAAGCCCAGCUGAGGUAUACAUGCAUAGGAUCAACAGUGCAGCGGCAUCUGUCCCUGAGCCUGGACAAAAGAACAAAAAGACUCCUUUACCAGAAACUGUUGUUUCGCACGAGCCUGUCAAUGCCCAGGAACUUCAACCAAGAGGCCGUAAACAACCUAUGUCUGCAGAAGGCAGAGAGCCUGCUCCGUCUUCGUGGAGGAGACAGCCAACAUGUGACGUGGACCCAUAUGAAAGGUCUGGGGGUCGAGGAGCGUGGUCCAGCAGGAGUCGCACAGCUGAAGGAAGCCGACCGUGGUCCAGCCGCCAUUUAGACAACUGACACAAUAUCAACUACAGAGUUCUUCCAUCUUAAAACCACCCCUGUGCUCAAGGAACAAAGCUCAUCUCAUCUUUUCCAUCAGUUACACCAUGCCUUAAAAAGACUCAUCAGCAUGAAUGAUUUCCUGGUUGACCUAACUGACCCCUGGGAACCUCAAACUUACCCUCUUGCACCAGCCACACCUGAAUGACUUUACUGUCUUCCUGUCACAUGCUCCUAUGGCAAUGAAUCCUCUUCUGCUUCUCGUAGUGUAUAAAAGUGUCGUCAGACAUGACAAGGGAGAGGCACUUGUGAUAUGUGACUGUGUUGGUUUGACUACAGGAGGAUGUGGAUGGGGGCUUUGGUUUACCGUUGGUAUUUAUCAUCAUCUUGAGAAUCCCACAAAGACCUCUGGGGCUACAUGUCUUGGUAGACGUCCAAACUAGAGUUUCUGUGUGUUGUUUUCACAAGGAGCAAAUUACAGCUUUCUUUUUUCCAUUUAGUUCAGCAAUCUCACAUGUUUGGUUUCAUUUUUUUGCAGCUUGGUGUUUAUUAAUUAAUUCAGGAAUUAAUUGGGAUAAGACCACAAAACGGCUUGAUUAUCAAGUCAAUCACUUAAGUAAUUACUCAUACACAUAGAUGUACAUAUAAUUUUGCAAUACACAGCAUGAACAUUAUUUUAUGCUAGUGUUAAUUCCAUAUUUAAAUCACAUUCAAGGAGUACAUGCUAGGACUAGAAGUCUUUGUACAUAUAGAUACCAAAUCCUUUCAUGCUUUUUGUUUAAUUAAUUGUCUUAUUGAUAAUUUGCUCCUUACAUCUGAUCAAGUCAAUUCUGAUCUUCUCUCUUUCAUUUAAUUUUACUUUCUUUUUCGUACGGUUUCAUUUUCUCUUUAACUGGAUUUGAACAUCCCGAACACCAACACCUAGAUGGAUGCCAUGUGACAAAAGUUUCUUCUCAAUAUCUGGGAAAACGCAUCUUCAUGCAUUCCCUCUCGUGUAUCAGAAGCUAAGAAGGGAUGCUGGCUUUGGAUUAUAAACUACUUGAGAAGAAUCAAAUCAUGUAGAACUCAUUGUAUAGGUCCAUGGUUACCUUGUGCAGAACAUCUGGGUAGCUAUAGGGUAUUAACCCAAAUGCUGGACAUUUUUGGAGGAUUUUCAGAAUGGACUCCUCACAGCCACUUUGUGACUCUAUUCGCAAACUUUGCACAGAAAGACAUUGAUCUGAACUCUUAACAGCAAACCAGUGUUUGGGAUUUUUCAGGUUCAUGUCAUUCAAUGGAGUAAUGCGAAACAACCCCUAGACGGGUUGCGUUUUCAUUCUAUUUCAGCCAUAGAGCUUGAUGAGCCUUGAGGGUGAGUAGCAUGACACCACAAAGGAUUCAGAAUGCUGCACUUAGGAAUGCCUCUGCCUGGAGAAAGCCUGACCAUCAGAAACGAAAAGCCUCGGAAUGCCCAUCACUUUAUCAUCAUGCCGUUAGAAUUUGCUGAAAUAUUCUUAAUUAAACUGCUGCAGUUCAGAUGUCUUGUACUGUUUUCAAUAGGUAAAAGGUUUUAAACUUCAGGUCUUGUUCAUGGUAUUUGUGAGGCUGUUGAAAAUCAGCCAAUGAUUUAUUUUCUCUUUCAGGCUAAGAUUCCCUUUGACCUCUAAUAUUCAAUAUCUCUGCUUGUCUAUUGAGUUUGGAUGUAUUGAUAUUUCUCUUAUCCGAUGCUGUGUCAUGAUUGAAUCUGCUCAUUUUGACGUUGACCACAAUCAUCAGUUUGUCUCAAUCUCCAAUUUCACUGAAACUUGGGAUAUUUAUUGUUUGUUUUAAUCUGAUGCUGUAUGUGUAAUGUUGUUUUGGAGGGUUUUGAUGUACAGGUAAAACAUUUUACAACGUCUAACCCGGUCACAGCUUUUAAAAGAUCCACACCUCACCAUCACGGUCACUUCUGCUCAGUAAUGGUUCCUAUGCUCCUGUAUGUCCCGUAUAGUCAUGCAUCCCUCUGGGUUGGGCUGGAUGGAUUAUUUUAAACAAAAAUGGAAAUUUAUUUUGCUUAAUAUCCUUUUUAAGUCAUUCUAAUGGAUUUGUAACUUUCUUUUGCACUUAAAUCAUUAAAACACACUUAUAAGAAGAAUGAAGAAGACUAGAUCAUUCUAAAAAUGGGUCAUAUCUGGUCAUCACGUUCAUGGAUUUCUUAAAAGUUUCUCUCAGUUUUGGUCUGGAUGAUGCCUUGGAGACAGAGAUGUUUGAUGUGGCUAACAGCAAUAAAUCUAAAACUUUAAAGAGAUAGUUUACUCACAAGUGAAAUGUCAUUCCAAACCCAUAUGACUUAGUGUCUUCUGGGUUAAAUACAAAAGGAGAUGUUAGGAAGACUCAGUCGCCAUUCACAAUCUUUUCUUAUUUUUUUUUCCAUUCAAUGAAAGUGAAUGGUGACUGAGGCUGUCUAACAUCUCCCAUUGUUUUCUACGGAAGAAUGUAAGACAUAAAUGUAAAUGAUGACAAAAUAUUCAGUUUUGGUUGUACUAACAUUGUAAACCAUAUGUCACAAUAGAAUUUUCCACCCAACUUAAAACAGACUUCAUUUUCAAUCUGGCCCGUACAGCAUUAGUUAUAUUUUUGAUUCAUUUUUCUAACUUCAAUAACUCAUUUGACUUAAGGCAGCAAUUUGGAUUUGUACUUGACAAAUUUGGCCUCUGCUUUGUUCUCAUCAUCAUGCUCUCCAAAUGUAUAUCCCAGACUUCACCUCUAACUUCCUGUUCAGGGGACCUUGGGUUGAAGUGAAUAUGCUGGCUCCUGUUUUGAUGCCCUUACUUUCCCAUAAUACCACAGUGCUCAGGACUGCUGUAAUCCAAGCCAAUGGUCCUUAAAGCCAUUUUAUUGGCUGCUAAAGCAGCGGCAGCAGGCCUGAUAUACAGCCCUUAGGUAGACUGCAGGUCAGAGGUCAACACCGCAGUUGUUGCUGUCUUUCCCCCAUUGGUCUUGGGGCUUAUACAUUUUGAGGGAGAAAGUGGGAACAGUUGGGAUUUUCAGAGUCAAAUGAAUGAAUGGUGUCCAUGUGUGGUACCAAGAAGAGCCAGGAGGGUCAGCGUGGCUUCUGUAAAGGGGGAAGGUUUUAGGUAUUUCCCAACUUGAGGAAGUAGUUUUACUUCCUCAAGUUGGGAUGAUAUAAUUGGUACUCAUUUCAAAGUGGCCAUAAUGGUGCAGCUUGAUCAAUUUGAUGAUGCAGAGCAAGUUAAUAUUUUUUUUGAAAAUUCCAGUAGACGAUAUACCACCUCCCAGCCCUCCGUCAGCCAGGUCUCUGAGCUGUCUGUGGCUUCAACACCAGACUACAGCUGUCAGAAACCGUAGAUUUUAUGUGCUUACUAGACAGCUCCAGUGACAGGUUUCUGAAAAAGGUAUUUUAAAAGGAGAGCACUGAAGCUGCAAUUCUCAAGGAAUUCUUCCACCUUUCUUAACCCCAUUUACAAAUGUGUCAAUGUGCUGUGCGCCAUCAGAUGUCAUCCAUAACUGCUUGAUCCGUCUCGUUUGCCAGCAGGUUUCAUAUAUUUUUCAGUGAAGGGAUUGUUCACCCAAAAAUGAAAAUUCUGUCAUCAUUUACCCUCCUUUAUGUUGUUCCAAACACAUUCUACCCUGUUUCUGCCAUGGAACACAAAAGGAGAUUUUAGGCAGAAUGACAGCCUGUCACCGUUCAUUUUCAUUGCAUCUUUUUUUUUUUUUUUUUUUUUUACAUACAAUGAAAGUGAAUGGUGACUGAGGCUGUCAUUCUGCCUAACAUCGCCCAUUGUGUUACACAGAUGAGACUCAUAUGGUUUGGAACAACAUAAGGGUGAGUAAAUGACAGAAUUAGCUUUUUUUUUUAGGGGUGAAAUAUCCCUUUAAGACAAAUAGAACAAGUCAUUAAAUGCAUGUGAGUGCCCUAAAGUCCCCCUCACCUGUCUAGUUCACUUCUGUGUACAUUUUAUUUAGCUUAACGUAGCUAUGACACCACUCUGUAAACAUUACCACUGACUUAUGUGUGAAAUCUGGGGAUGACUCUGAAUGGUUUUAUCAUAGCCUUAUUGAAGAAACUAGUUGUAAUCAUUUUAUAAAUGUCAUUUCUAAGCAAUAAAGUAAUUUUGAAUGUACAGAAGAGAAAAUCUGAAGGCUUUGCUGUAUAAUGCCUGCAGUUUGAGCCCUCAAAGGCCUGUGGUGUAAAAGAAAGGGCCAUGGUGUCAUGACAUUUCACACUCCAGAAUCUGCACUUAACUUAAAUCAUACCCACCUUUUGUUUGCCCCUUUCCUUGACCUCUGUGGAUUUUGUCUUUUUAGAUUUUUCUUUUUAUAGCUUCCCCCCUAAUUAAUUGAAUGUAC